AUGAUGUUCAGCCUUGGCACAUGCUCUCUCAGCACUCACAUGCUCCCCGAAUCAGGCUCUUACCCUCCCGGCGGCAGCCCUGAACUGGACAGCGACUCGCAGAGGUGCAUGCUGGCCCUGCCGGAGGAAGAAGCAUGGCGGAAGCACCGGCUGGGUUUGAUGCAGCCCGCUCAGUCCUGCAGCCUGCUGGAGCCGGAGACCUUGACGGACACGCUCGUCUCGCGCACCACCAGCUUCGACGGCCUCUACGAACUGCACUCCCAGGAGAGGGAAUCCAGCUUGGGGUUGGAGGGUGGCAGUACAUUGGAUGUGGGGCAGAGCCAACUCAUCCCCGUGAGCCCAGAAGUCAUCAAGCGUCGGCGAGGGGGCCUGAUAGAACAGCGGGAUAUCAUCAAGGCGCAUGAAGCCCACAAGAUGCAGAGCACGCCGCAGGCGAGGCGGAAGGAGUGGGAGUAA